AUGGCCCAAACUCUACAGCCAUUGCCUAUAAAGCCAAGACUUUUCAGGCCCACGUCCGGCUACGACAAAACCUCCAACCUCCACUUCACUAAUCACUGCACAAACACAAGAUCGCGUCGCUUGUCACUGAACAGCCAUGGGCCUCCUCGACGAACUCGAAGCCAUGGCGCAGGCCGCAUCAGCAUUUCAGGACGACAACAUCCUUCAAUCAACUAUCACUCGGUGGCAAAAGCUGUUUGGAUACUCACUCAGAGCCAGGAGAUGCCUAUGAAGGAAAAGCGCAGGCUUCGGGCCGCUAACUUCUUGAUCAAGCUCGAAGCCCCCUUGAACAGUGUCCAAGCCGUGGUUCAAGCAGCAGGUCUGUGGUGUCCAUCCUCGAGUGAGGUUCUUGCUGCCGCCGACCUAUCUGGACAAUCGUGCUCAUUCUUCAAGAUCAACGGGAUGGAUAAGCUAGCCAUUGAAGGAUGGCUAAAAGAAUAUCCUCACCUCGAUUUUCAACCAACCAUUAUUAAAAACCCCUAUGCACAAAAGGAUCUCUCGCCCACUUCUUUAUACCCAACUUUGGGUCUCGAUAUAACACUGCCCCGGUUUCGACCAGGACCAGCAGCGACACCUCGCCCUUUACAAAACGAAUGCCCAGUCUGGUAUUUCUUCUACGGGACGCUUACCGAUCCGUCUUUUCUAUCGAAGCUCUUUGGUUCCAACUUCCAGGCUGAAUACCAUGCAGCCACUAUUCGAGGUGGAGUUUUGAAGACUUGGGGAAGGUAUUAUGCGUUGGUGGAUGAUCCAAGUCACACCAUCUUCGUCCCUGGAAAGGCUCUUCUCGUCGAGACUCGAGAACAGGAGGAGCGUCUACGGGCAUACGAGACGAAUUCUUAUGAAGUGGUUCGAUGCUGUAUCGAGAUGGGUUUGGAAAAACCCAUGAGUGGCCUGACAUUUCGAUUUGUUACAGAUAUCAUGGACUAG